AUGCUGCGGUCAAACGCUUUUGCUACGUCCUCAAGCCUUCAUCUAUGCGAAGCACCGAAGAGCUAUGACGGCCACAAGACUGAAAGGCCGGAGGGGGUGGACGCGAAGGAGACGAACAAGGUGGGCUCCUUCAAGAUGGCGAUGGCGGUGGCCAGGGACGGCAAACGACGCGAGAUGGCAGUGGAGGAGUUGAAGAGGGGUUUCUGCGCAGAAUCGAAUAGAGACUCCCAGCGCUCCAAAAUGUCGUCUUGGCCGGUGGCGGCGUCGCUGAAAGCGGCUGGCUUAAAGUCGGCCGGAGCACUAAUCAAUGAGCUCAAGCUGUGGCAUAUCGAACAAGGACGCCAAGUGUUGAAGAGGUGCGCGGAGCUGGUGGUGGUCAAGUGGGCGCACGUUUCCGUGGAUGCCCGCGCGAAGACAGCGCACCUUGGGCUGCUGCGGCCAAAGGAAGUGCGGCUGGUCUUGCGCUUGGAAAGUCUGGUCGGGCGCUAUGAUGUAUGUCAGGGCUGGGCUACAGGCGGUGGCGUUUUGGGAAGCUGGAAAUCAAACACCGUGCUGAUCUACGCGGAAGAGGCGCUGGAGGAGAUCCCGGCAAAUCAACGGCUGCUCCCUGGCUCCGGCUUUGCUGCAACAACGAGGCUCUCCUGUUGGAAAGCCCCAAAGGCUCCGAGGACGCCAGGCGCGGACAUGGGAGAUGACGUCCCGAUACCUAUGACGCCUCAUUCCACCUCGCCUCCUACGCCCUCGAAAGUGGUCGACGAGCAGCAAGGAUCGAAAGACGCAGCCAUAGUUUCCUGCUUGACUUUUGACAGGCCGAGGGAGCUAUGGGUUUACUCAAUCCGUGACAACAGAAAAGACCCAACUCUCCAUUUGGUGGCAGCAGCUGGAUGGGAGAUGCCCAUGAGUGAGUGGAAAACAGCGUGCGGAUGGCCUUUUGCCAGAAACGAGGCCGAGGCGGCCUUUUCUUACGUGCGUAACCUCACAAGAAAGAAAUGCAGAAAGUGCAUUCUCAACAAAAGUAAACGCGACGGUGUCAGUGAGGUUGACAUUGGGCGUUUACGUGCUAGCUCCUUUGCUGGCGCUCUUGUGCAGAACGGCAUGCGUCCAGCAUCAGAAUAUGAAGCUGCACCACCGACUUUGAAAAGUGAGUCAAGGGCGGAGGGUUGGGAAGUGAUGUGCAGUUGA